AUGGUGUCAUGGUCAGUAUGUCACGGUUCGAAGCUUUUGGCACGCCAGCAGCUUGCAGAGGCUAAAGAGGAGCUGCAGCUACUGCAGAUGGAGAUUGAAAACGUAAAGAAAUUCGUUCGUGAAAUGAUGAUCGGAUAUAACAACAAAGUAAAGAAAGUGUGGGAAUCUCUAAAAGGCUGGUUUAAGCAGUACUAUGAAGAUGAAGAGCUUCUGGACGAUGCCUCGAAUUUCCUUUUUCAGUUGUUAUAA